CGCGGGAGGCGUCGGGGCCAGCGGCUGGGUGGCGGGCAGUUCCCGCCGGCUGUGCGCGCCCGCGUCAGGGCUCGCUCGGAGAGGACGCGGCGGCGGCGGCGGCUCCCGGUGCACAGCGGGCAGAGCUGCGGACUGCGCGCUCCCCUGCUCCCACCGGGCGUCCCGCGGUGGCUCCCGCGCCCUGCGGCGGCUCCCGCGCCCCGCGCUCCCCUUUGUCCGCGGCCCCGAGCGGCGGCGGCGGCGGGGUCGGAGCCCGCGCCCUGGGCGACUGAGGCGGCGGCGGUCCGCGCCGGGGCGCCGCGGCGAUGCCGGACCAGAUCUCCGUGUCGGAAUUCGUGGCCGAGACCCAUGAGGACUACAAGGCGCCCACGGCCUCUAGCUUCACCACGCGCACGGCCCAGUGCCGGAACACCGUGGCGGCCAUCGAGGAGGCUUUGGACGUGGACCGGAUGGUUCUCUACAAAAUGAAGAAAUCUGUGAAGGCAAUCAAUAUCUCUGGGCUGGCACACGUGGAGAACGAGGAACAGUACACCCAGGCUCUGGAGAAGUUCGGUGGCAACUGUGUAUGCAGAGAUGACCCAGACUUAGGAAGCGCAUUUCUGAAGUUCUCUGUGUUCACGAAGGAGUUGACGGCACUCUUCAAAAACCUGAUUCAGAAUAUGAACAACAUCAUCUCGUUCCCUUUGGACAGUUUGCUGAAAGGAGAUCUGAAAGGAGUUAAAGGGGAUCUGAAAAAGCCCUUUGAUAAAGCUUGGAAGGACUAUGAAACUAAAAUAACCAAAAUAGAAAAGGAGAAAAAGGAACAUGCCAAGCUCCAUGGGAUGAUUCGAACUGAAAUAAGCGGGGCUGAGAUUGCAGAGGAGAUGGAGAAGGAAAGACGCUUCUUCCAGCUGCAGAUGUGUGAGUACCUGCUGAAGGUCAAUGAAAUCAAGGUGAAAAAGGGAGUGGAUUUGCUUCAGAAUCUGAUCAAGUACUUCCACGCCCAGUGCAAUUUUUUCCAGGAUGGACUGAAAGCAGUAGAAAGCCUCAAGCCUUCCAUCGAGACGCUCUCCACGGACCUCCACACCAUCAAACAGGCCCAGGAUGAGGAACGACGACAGCUGAUACAACUUCGAGAUAUUUUGAAAUCAGCAUUGCAGGUGGAACAGAAAGAGUCUAGGAGAGACUCACAACUUCGCCAAAGUACAGCCUACAGCUUACAUCAACCUCAGGGAAACAAGGAACACGGAACGGAGCGGAACGGGAACCUCUACAAGAAGAGCGAUGGGAUCCGGAAAGUGUGGCAGAAGAGGAAGUGUUCCGUUAAAAAUGGCUUCCUCACCAUAUCCCAUGGCACUGCCAACCGGCCACCUGCCAAGCUCAACCUGCUAACCUGCCAGGUGAAGACCAAUCCUGAGGAGAAGUGUUUUGACCUCAUAUCACAUGACAGGACGUACCACUUCCAAGCGGAAGAUGAACAAGAAUGUCAGAUAUGGAUGUCUGUGCUGCAGAACAGCAAGGAAGAAGCUCUGAACAAUGCGUUUAAGGGUGAUGACAACACCGGAGAAAAUAACAUCGUCCAAGAGCUGACCAAGGAGAUCAUCUCGGAGGUGCAGAGGAUGACGGGCAAUGACGUGUGCUGCGACUGUGGGGCACCAGAUCCGACAUGGCUCUCUACCAACCUGGGCAUCCUGACUUGCAUCGAGUGCUCUGGGAUCCACCGGGAACUGGGGGUUCAUUACUCCAGGAUGCAAUCUCUGACUUUAGAUGUAUUGGGAACAUCUGAGCUUCUGCUUGCCAAGAAUAUCGGGAAUGCGGGCUUUAAUGAAAUCAUGGAGUGUUGCCUACCAUCUGAGGACCCAGUCAAGCCCAACCCAGGCAGUGACAUGAUUGCAAGGAAGGACUACAUCACAGCCAAGUACAUGGAGAGGAGAUACGCACGAAAAAAGCAUGCAGACACCACGGCGAAGCUCCACAGCCUCUGCGAAGCCGUCAAGACCAGAGACAUUUUUGGGUUACUCCAAGCUUAUGCUGAUGGUGUGGACCUGACAGAGAAAAUCCCACUGGCCAAUGGGCAUGAGCCAGAUGAGACAGCCCUCCAUCUUGCAGUCAGAUCUGUGGACCGGACUUCCCUUCACAUUGUAGACUUCCUGGUCCAGAACAGUGGGAACCUGGAUAAGCAGACUGGCAAGGGCAGCACGGCGCUGCACUACUGCUGCCUGACGGACAAUGCCGAGUGCCUGAAGCUCCUCCUGCGAGGGAAGGCCUCUAUAGAGAUAGCCAAUGAAUCAGGAGAGACCCCUUUGGACAUCGCCAAGCGGCUCAAGCAUGAGCACUGUGAGGAACUGCUCACUCAGGCAUUGUCAGGGCGGUUUAACUCCCACGUUCACGUCGAGUACGAAUGGCGCCUACUACACGAGGACCUGGAUGAGAGCGACGACGAUGUGGAUGAGAAGCUACAGCCCAGUCCCAACCGACGGGAGGACCGGCCUGUCAGCUUCUACCAGCUGGGGUCCAGCCAGUUUCAGCCCAAUGCUGUGUCUUUGGCCAGAGAUACUGCAAACCUCACCAAGGACAAGCAGAGGGGCUUCGGGCCCAGCAUCUUGCAGAAUGAGACCUAUGGAGCCAUCCUGAGUGGCAGCCCGCCCUCCUCCCAGUCAGUACCCCCCAGCACCACCAGUGCACCCCCACUCCCACCUCGGAAUGUUGGCAAAGUUCAGACAGCCACCUCAGCUAACACCCUGUGGAAGACAAACUCUGUAGGUGUGGACGGUAUCAGCAGGCAGCGAUCUUCGUCAGAUCUGCCAGCUGUCCACCCACCGCUGCCCCCUCUUCGAGUGACAUCUACCAAUCCCCUGACCACCACACCACCUCCUCCUGUGGCUAAGACAUCAGGAACUCUAGAAGCCAUGAACCAGCCAAGCAAGUCCUCCCAACCCGGAACCUCUCAGAGCAAGCCCCCGCCCCUGCCACCCCAGCCACCCAGCCGCCUGCCUCAGAAGAAGCCAGCUUCUGGGACCGACAAGCCAACCCCGCUGAUCAACAAAGGACAGCCAAGAGGACCUGAAGCUUCGGGUCCUCUGUCCAAUGCUGUGGCCCUGCAGCCCCCAGCACCCAUGCCUAGGAAGUCACAGGCAACCAAGUCAAAGCCCAAGCGAGUUAAAGCGCUCUACAACUGCGUGGCUGACAAUCCGGACGAGCUGACUUUCUCUGAGGGCGAUGUGAUCAUUGUGGAUGGGGAAGAGGAUCAGGAGUGGUGGAUUGGCCACAUCGAUGGAGAGCCCAGCCGCAAAGGAGCGUUUCCUGUAUCAUUCGUGCACUUUAUUGCUGACUAAACUGCCACUGAACAAAAAACCUUUGUUAAACCGUUAUGUUCCGUUUUGUUACUGGUACCAAGGCUAGCCAUAGCCAGUCUCUCGGACCUUGUUGUACGACAGCCCAUCUUUUCGUGAUACUGUUUCAGUCUGAAAACUCAGAGGCCAGUUUUAUAUAUAAGCAGGUUGUUGUUUUAUAAGUUAUGGUUUUCACGAAACAUUGUUAUACUUUUACUAGGAAAAGUGGAAUUUCCUUCAGAGGGGGUGGGGGGAUGAGAAGUUAUUUAACUGUAUACCCAGGAUCCUCUAUUUCCAGGAGUAGCUGAGCCUAAAAACAGCUUAAACAAAUUUGGGGGAUUCUUACAGUUUUCCUUAGCCCAAUUCUGACAUUGGUUAUCUUGUUUAGCACAGUCGGUUUAGCAAGCCAGCACCAUACUGCUUCCGAGUCUGUCAUCCUACCCUGGAUUUUGUCCACAAAUGCCAUCCGUUUUUAAAGACAUGUAUUCCUUUGAAACUCAGCCAGUGUAUGUUUAAAGCAACUUGACAAUGUAUGCGUAUGUUAGCCUCCAGACCCUGCCCGUGAGGUGGCAGCUGCCAUGAUCUCCUGCAUGUUUGUACAACCUGUUGUUGUGAACAAUCAUACCUAGUGUACUCCUGAUGGGUUAUUACAACAUAGCUAACAGCAGUCUGUUUUGCACCAGGUAUUUUUAAACUGCAGUUCCUGAAUUUGGUUAAAAACUAAGGAUGAUGGAUUGCAAAGCAGCCCUAUAAACUAGCUUGUAUGCCUGGGUGUUUUAGGAUUUGCCUCAUUCAGCGCCCCCCAUCACACAGGAGUAGAAUACGUGGUGCAGGCUGUGUCCUGGUGCACACUCCUGCCUUCUCCCAGCUCCCGAGGACACCCACUCAACUUAGUUCUUGUCUUUAAUAGGAUUCUCCAAAAGGAAUGGUAGCUACACUGUCUUGAGAUUUAGCCUAUCCAAUUGUUUGUAUUCAAGAGCAAUCAGAAAUCUGUAGAUCUUGGGGAGCCCAGUACCCCCAAACGUCCCAGUUACACUCUGUAAGCCCAUCACAUCACUCCUAAACUUAUGCUAUGUGGGGUGGGGGAGGGGAACUAGGUUGUAUAUGAUAAAAAUCAAAACUCAUUAGUUUCAUGAACUUGACUGUCAUACCUCUACUUAAUAACGGUAAGCAUAGAUAAGAGUCACAGUUGGGAUAUGGGAAAUGAAAGAGGCAAGCAUAGGGCUUGAACGAAAGCUGGAGUUUGAGCAAAAGGAAUAGAUUGAGGAUUAAGCUUGACAGUGAGGCAAUGUUGCUGCGGGAAGUGGUGCACUUGAUCGAAGUAACCCCUUCUUUACUCUCUUUGUGCAAGGCUCUUACACACUCGGAGCUUCCCUUUCUUUGUUUCUUUCAAGGAAAACAGGACAAACUGGAAUGUCUUAUGAUGCUAUAUAGAUUGCUUCCUGUCUUUCAGAUUCUGGGCAAAACCGUGUUAGAUCUGAAAUUAAAGUCUCUCUCUCUCUCUCUCUCUCUCUCUCUCUCUCUUCCCCCCAGCCCCCUCUCUCUUUCCCAGCACUGCAUCUGUUUUUCACUACUUGUUAACUUCUGUCCUUUGAGCCCUUCUCCUAGUCACUUUUCUCAUAGACUUAAGAACUUGAACAGAUGCAUUUUGCACGUUGCACUUCCCAAUACCUUUUACAGUGCCUCCCCCAUCCCCACCCCCCACCGCAUCUGUAUCAUCAUCGGUCUUUAGUGACCUGGUGCCAGCUCUCUGAGGGAUCUAGUUGAUUUAUGUCAACAGUUUAACUCCAGUCCCAAGCUAAUCUAUCAGGUUCACUGGUACAUAAAUACCUAGGAAAUAUUUUUCCACUCUCUAAUUUGGUGGCACUAUUGUGCGGUAAUGGAUAGUACUUUUUACCAGAAGAGAAAUUCUAUUGACUUCCCUCCUAAUUGUCCUUCCUGUUACUUCCUCUUUGCAAAUUGAAAAGAGAAAGCAACUGAGAGGAAAACAUUGUAGAUAUCUAUUUAUAUUUAAAGUUUACAUUUCAUGAGAGUCAGCUGUGGAAUUCGGGCUUCUUUUAAUUUUUUUUUUUUUUUUUUUUUUUUUGCCGCUUUCCAUCAGGUCUGACUUGGAGGGAAGGUGAGUCAGAAGUAGGGUGCACAGACUAAUGUGAUCUAUUGAGGGUGGAGAAUGACCUGCAGCCUAGAAUGCUAUUUUGAGAUGUAUGAUAUUCAAUUCAUUCACUUGAUUACUUUGGUCUAGUUGCAGCGCAACUGUAUAUAGUGUAUAACCUAAACGGAUUAUUUUCAUUGUCCUUAAUGCAGUGAUUUAUAAUUAGAGCAUGUUUAAUAAAUUGACUUCCUGUUAACCAGUCAUUUGACUGGGAAAAAAAUAAAGUACUUUUAAAUGGA